AUGCACCCAAGCCGCUCCCGGCCGCUGGGCAUGCUCGCUCGCCGGCGCGCGCUCUUCGCCAUCGUGCUGGCGUUCGGCGUCGUGCUGCUCGUCUUCACGCUGCUCCCGGCGUCCGAGCCGGCCAACAGCCUGCCUUAUGCCGCCGACGCCGCGGUGCCGGGGCGCGACGGCGCGCGCGCGCCGCCAGCAUUGCAGGCUACGCUCGACGACCUCUAUGCGAAUUUCACGCGCGUGUGGUCGGCGCAUAGCGGCUCCCCGCCAACCCCGAUCUACGGCGGGCCCGCGCUCACCCUCGCCCAGGUCGAGCGAUACUCGCACCUCAAGCGCCCGCCCCCGACCCGCGCGAUGAAGAUCAAGGCCGGGGCGGACGGCCACGCGCUCAAGCCAAAGUUUAUGAUCACGACGCUGACGCGCAACAUUGGCGACCAGCUCCCCGACCUGCUGAAUGCGCUCGCGGUGCUCGUCGCGUUCCUCGGCCCAGACCACGUGAGCUUCAGCUUUGUCGAAGGGCCCAGUGGGGAUCCCUCGCCGUUCGUCCUCGACGAGGUGCUCGUCCCGCUCCUCCGCCACCUCGGCGUGCCGGCCGCCCAGAUCCGCGUGGACACCAACGCGCCAGAAAUCAACUUUGCCAAUGUGAACCGCAUCGAGCAGCUCGCGAGCCUGCGCAACGCCGCGCUCGAGCCCCUGUGGGCGGACAACGACAUCGGGUAUCUCGCGCGCACGCCCGAGCGCCGCCGGCGCAUGGUCGGCGCCGACGUCGUCGCAGUGGUGUUCUUCAACGACGUGUUCCUGCAUGCUGCCGACAUCCUCGAGGUGCUCCACCAGCAUGUGACCGCCAAGGGCGUCACGAUGGGCACGGGCAUCACGACGGCGUGGGACUGGAUGGAGCGCAACCCGGCGUACUUUUACGAUGUCUGGGUCGCGAGGACAAUCGAUACCGGAGACCUCUUCUACCCAAUAGACCAGCCCUCGUGGUCGCCAUCAGACGACAUCCUCCCAGGAUCAGAGUACAGCAAGACGCGGUACGAGGGGCUGCAGCCGUUCCAAGUGUAUUCGGCGUGGAACGGCCUCGCGGUGCUGUCGCCCACGCCGUUCCUCCCGCCGUUCAACGUGCGCUUCAGGCGCGGCAACACGGCCAAGGGCGAGUGCGCGGCGAGCGAGUGCACGCUUGUCGCGGCCGAUUUCUGGAAGUACAAUUGGGGCAGGGUACAGGUCGUCCCGAGUGUACAGGUCGCGUACCAGCGCAAGCCGGCCAUCGAGACCGCGCUUGAGCUGCGCAAGGCGCAGGAUAAGUUGGGGUGGAAGGAUGGCGUGCCGCCGAAGAAUAGGGACACGACGGUGGCUUGGGAGUUUGGCGCACCCGACGAGGUCCGAUGCCACCCCUGGCCUGAGAAGAACGGGCUCGACGCCAACGUCUGGGCCAAGACCGAGUGGGUGAAACCGUACCUCUUGUAAGCGCGGAGCGCUACAAGCCGACGCCGAGGCGCAGAGCCUGCCACACACCACACACCACACACCACACGGCCCUACACUGGCCGAAGAUCGAUCCACAUGUGCAUAGUUGUUAGAAUCAAUCGGAUGCAUUGUUAGACU